AUGGCAUCUCUGAUCAUCGCGCUCGCCGUCGGUGGGCGCCACUUAUAUCUCGUUCACAAAGACAAGAAGCUCGAAAGGCGCCAACGCAGGCUAAUGCAGCAAGAAGGGGAGGGGCAUGAACGCGACACAGGGACCCAUUCGAACGGGCGAGCUUCGAGGAAAAGGCGCGCCGCACGACGGGCAACGAGCAGGACAGAUGGGCGGACGGAAGGGGAUGGGCGACGCGACUCGCAAGAGACACUAACCAGAAACCGUCCGAUGAGGGAUGAGGACUCGGCAAGCAGGCUGAGCGAGCAGUCGACCUUGGCCGGAGAUGAUCAACCAGCUGCAGAUGGUGUGCACAGGGACGGAAGCGCAAUCUGA